UCAUUUGGAGCGCCUAUCUCGGUUCAGCCGACCCGUCUCAGAUGUUACAUCAAUGCAAAAGCCUCGGCGUUAAUACCGGGAUGUGUACGGAUGUGUAUGCGAAAGACCACGCUGACUUUUUCCUUCAAGUCGUUGCAACCUCCUCCAUUCAGCAAGUUGAGGGGUGGAUGAAACUUUUUUUGUGAAUGAGUAUCCUGCCGCUGGUUGGCACAUCUGGACGUCGUCGGAGCUGUCAAGUCCAUCGCCAACGUUGAACCGGACCUGACCUGACCCCGCUCUUCUCUUUCGUCCUCCCUAAAGUUUAAGGCGGAAUACUGGACUUUAAACUCUUGUCUCUUUAUUUUGAAAACUUUUUUCUAUCUUAUUUAUUUUCAAAAGUACGAGGAACAAAAUGGAACACUCGAUCAUCAGAAUAACGUGCAUCUUGGUGGUUAUCUGUCUCUUGGAUAAAAGGGUAGACUCCAAUGAAAUCUUGGGUCUGAAGCUCCCCAACAUCGACCCGAUCCUGAAUGCCAACACGGUGUGUCUCACACUGCCAGGUUUGACGCGGCGCCAGCUAGAGGUGUGCAUGAGGAACCCUGACGUGACGGCUUCAGCGAUCCAGGGCAUCCAGAUUGCCAUCCACGAGUGCCAGCACCAGUUCAGAGGACACCGCUGGAACUGCUCCAGCCUGGAGACUAGGAACAAAAUACCCUACGACAGCAUCGUCUUUAAAAGAGGUUUCAGAGAGAGUGCUUUUGCGUAUGCCAUCGCAGCAGCAGGCGUCGUGCACGCCGUGGCCAAUGCUUGCUCCAUGGGCAAACUAAAGGCGUGCAGCUGUGACGAGAAACGCCGUGGGGACGAGGAGGCCUUUCGCAUCAAACUGCACCGCUUGCAACUGGAGGCCAUCCAUCGGGGGAAGGGUAUGGUACACGGCGUCAUGGAGCACUUCCCCGCCGACCUGCCGGGACCCCAGGACUCCUGGGAGUGGGGCGGCUGCAGUCCCGAUGUGGAAUUCGGUGAGAAGUUCUCGAGGGACUUCUUGGAUGCCCGCGAAACCUACAAGGACAUCCAUGCCCGCAUGAGGCUGCACAAUAAUAGAGUUGGGAGACAGGUGGUGCUCGACCACAUGAGAAGGAAAUGCAAGUGCCACGGGACGUCGGGGAGCUGCCAGCUGAAAACAUGCUGGCAGGUCACCCCAGAGUUCCGGGUGGUGGGCUCAAUCCUCAAAGAGCGCUUCCACAUCGCCACGCUCAUCAAGGCUCACAACCGAAACACCGGACAGCUCGACCACUCCAAUCACAACAACAACCACCACAACCACCACAACCAUCACAAUCACCACAACCACCACCACCACCAUCAUCAGAACAACCACCACAAUCACAACCACCAUUCACAUCGGCGGCGGCCAAGCGUCAACGAACUGGUCUACUUUGAAAAGUCCCCAGAUUUCUGCGAGCGAGACCUGGGGUCGGACUCGACAGGAACGCAGGGUCGGAUCUGCAACAAGACCAGCCCCGGCAUGGACAACUGUGAGAGUCUGUGCUGCGGGAGAGGCCACAACAUCCUGCAGCAGACGCGGAGCGAACGCUGCAACUGCAAGUUCCAUUGGUGCUGCUAUGUGGUGUGCGAAGAAUGCAGGAUAACAGAGUGGGUCAGUGUCUGUAAAUGA